AUGCAAGAUUAUUUUGAGGAAGAUCCACUGUUAUGUGCGAUAUGUGGCGAUAAAUCGUCCGGACUUCACUACGGAAUCUAUACUUGCGAAGGUCGUCUUGAAUAG